UGAAGCAUUAGCCUACCCAACAUGGCACCUUCCCAGCUCAAGCAGUUGAAGGCAUCAUUGCGCGAGCAUGGUGUCCUGGGUCCUCAAAAAUCAAAAAAGCAGAAAAAGGCCACCGGUAAAGAUGCUCAGAAACGCCUGCAGCGGAAUGCUGCCCUCGAGACGAUCCGAGAACAUUUCAAUCCAUUCGAAGUCAAGGCACCGGCGAGAAAGGACAAAUUCGAGGUCACCAGUGGGAGACCUACAAAAUCUAAAAUCGGUCGACCGGGUGUCACACGUGGACUAGGAGAGGAGAGAAGAAAAGAAACCCUGUUGAAAGAAAUGCAAAGCCGCAACAAAGUCGGCGGCAUGCUUGAUCGUCGGUUCGGAGAGGAUGAUCCAAACAUGACCCCCGAACAGAAAGCUGCGGAAAGGUUUGCCAGGCAGAACGAGAAGAGGAUCAAGAAGACUUCCAUGUUCAAUCUCGAAGACGACAGUGAUGAAGAGAUGGUUUUAACACACGGUGGAAGGUCUUUGGACUUUGGUGAAGCUGGGCGGGACGAUUUUGAGGAACAAGAUAUUGAUUCAGGCAGUGAUGGUGCCGAUUUCGAGGCGCAGGACGAUCGGCCAAGGAAGAAACUGCGUGUUGACGCAGAAUCGGAUGCUGACGGCAUGGACGGCGAAGACAGUGCUCCACCACGCAGAAAAAGUAAGAAGGAGGUCAUGGAGGAGGUCAUUGCAAAAUCGAAAAUGUACAAAGCCGAACGUCAAGCGGCAAAGGCAGACGAUGACGAUUUACGUGCUGAACUUGAUCGAGGAAUGUCAGAUUUCUACGAAGCGUUGCGAUCUCACAAAGCUCCAGCAAAGAAACCAGAGCCAUCAACGACAGCGUCGCAAGAUCCACAUAUGGAUCCUUCUCGAGCAGCAAUGUUGGCUGGCAAGAGCCGAGAAGAUGCUGAGAAAGAGUACGAGGCCAAUCUACGACAACUGAAGAUGGAUGCUCGUUCCAAACCAAGUGUCCGUACUAAGACGGAUGAAGAAAAGGCAGCUGAAGAAGCAGCACGCCUGGAAGAAUUGGAGCGAAAUCGCAUUCGAAGAAUGAAAGGAGAAGUUGACAGUUCAGAUGAUGAAGAUGAUCGAUCAGCAGACGAAGCUGAGCCAGGACCAGAUGAAGACAUUGAUCAGGACGACGCGGAGGCUUUUGGUCUUGCGGCUCCAGAAUAUGCUCCGAGGCCGGUACUCGAUGUCGAGGACGAGGACGAAUUUAUACUCGAUGACGAUCUCAUUGAAAGCGACUCUGGUGCCGACAUGGCCAGUGACCAGGAUUCCGAUGACUCUUCUUCUGAUUCAGAAAUAGAAGAUGAUGGAGAUGACGAUUUUAUCAAUGGUUUAGUUCUUCCACCUGAACACAAAUCAUCAGUCAAGCAUGACACCACGACUCAGAAGUCGCAGACCAAGAACUUGGCCUUCACCUUCCCCUGUCCACAAACACACGAAGAGCUUCUUGAGGUUCUACAAGACAUCAAAGUGGAUGACGUACCAACAGUAGUGCAAAGAAUUCGAGCACUCUAUCACAAAGGCCUAGCCGAAGGCAAUCAAGAUAAGUUGGACAAUUUCACCGUGGUGUUGACACAACACAUCGCACAUCUUGCAGACACGGAUCCAGAUGUUCCCAUCCUGGUCCUUGAGAGUCUGUUACGCCACGUCCAUUCCAUGGCAAAGUCUUCCCCUCAAGCCGCUGGCAAAGCAUUUCGUCAGCAUCUUCAAGCGAUUGCCGACCAUCGUCCUCUCAACCUGACUGCUGGCGAUCUCUUUAUUCUUUCCGGCGUCUCCACUAUCUUUCCCACUUCCGACCACUUCCACUCCGUGGUCACUCCCUCAAUGCUCACCUUGGCUCGCUAUCUCGGACAAAAGUCAGUGCAAAAUCACCAGGACCUCGGGAUCGGUGCAUAUUGCUGUUCACUGGCUCUGAAGUACCAAAGCCUUGCAAAGCGAUUUGUGCCCGAGGUCGUGGUCUACAUUGUCAAUGCCUUGUCAAUUCUCGCGCCUGUACCGGUUCCAGAACGGGACAAUGGAGGUAUGCCAUUGAACGUGCCAGUUCGGCUACCGCCCAUCUCAUUGCGUGUCAAGCCAUCUCCAGCAGAGGUUUCUCAAAAGCUCUCAUUCAAGGCUCUGAUCAUGAAUCGUGAUACAGAGAACGAGAGCGCUAUGUCUGCUUCUCUCCUUAACACCUACCUGCGCUUGUCUCAUCAGGCCGCGACGUUAUGGCAGCAGAAGUCUGCUUUUGCCGAACUUAUCUCGCCCUUGAUCCAGACCAUUGCCUUUGUGUCGCACCAUGACAAAUACCUGGCCCCUUCAACACGCGAACUCCUAUCCACAACCCUGUCGACUCUCAAAGCGUUGCAGAGAUCCCAAAGUGCGGCCCGUUUGCCCCUACUCCUACACAAUCACCGACCUCUGGCCAUCAAAUCCUCUAUCCCACAAUUCAUCGAGAACUUCAACCCCGACCGCCACUACGAUCCUGAUCGUGAACGGGCAGAGCUCAACAAGCUCAAGGCCGAACACAAGAAGGAACGCAAGGGAGCGAUGCGCGAGUUACGCAAGGAUGCUAAUUUCAUGGCAAGAGAGCAGCUUCGGGAGAAGAAGGAGAAGGAUGAGGCGUAUGAGAAGAAAUAUAAGAGAUUGGUGGCGGAGAUCCAGGGAGAGGAAGGGAGAGAAUCAAAGAGCUAUGAGCGAGAAAAGGCGAAGAGGAAAGGCAGGUUCUAGUAUUAAGCAAGAAUGUAAGAUUCAUAGCAAAUGGACCUCAGUCUCCUCUGU